AUGGCUGGUGACAAGAUGUUAAGAAUGACGGCGAGUCGAGGGCGAGACAACAGCCAAGGAGCGAUCGGCGGCGGAGAGGGAUCUUGCGCGGGCCGCGCUAUGCGAUAUGUGGUACGGAGAUGUGUCGAUGGAACAAAGUUGAAACAGGCAAGAGAGCCAGGAGUUCAAAAUGAAGGAGAGAGGUGA